AUGUCCAGCAAGGAUAAGGACUCCAAGCUUACAGUGCCCAAGUUCUCAUCAUUCAAGUCCAAGUCUGAGAGUUCCGAACUGAAAGCACCCAAAUUCGCCUCUUUCAAGCCAAAGGAUAAAGAAAAGGUCACGGAAGAAAGGUCCAGUCAUAAAGAAACAGACCGGGAGAGAGAACGGGAACGCGACUCACGAAGGAAGAGAAGCCAUCAUCACUCAGACUCACAUCGCGAUCAUCGUCACCACCAUUCCAAGAGGCAUCGCACAGAAUCUCAUCACCGGCACCGGGAAAGCUCACGACGAUCCAGCCACUCUGAGAAACCUGAACACCGUGCGCUUACUAAAUCUUCACGCGACAGCCAUGACGGCACAUCGCGUCUGUAUAUCAUCGACACCAAGGGCGACCCACUAAUCAUUCGAUAUGGAAGUCUUGACCGUUCGCAGGUCCCCGCUUACUAUCGCGAUGGAUAUGGAAAGGUUCUCGGUACGCGAGGUCGUCUUGUGAUUCAUCGCGAUGGGCCCAGGGAUCAGUUUAGCCUGCGAAUGCCUGGCGAGGGGUCCUAUGCCUUCAAGGACAAGGACGGUCUACGCUCAAAAUCUUGGCGCAUAAGGUCAACACCGCUGAGAGUCCGGUUGCAAGAGAGUUCUACACAGGACGAAGAUGACGGUGACUUCUUGGCAGUGGGCUCGUCGAAAAAGCGCAAGCAUGACCACAGUGCUUCUGAAUCUUCAGACAAUGAACAACCAUCCUAUCGUUCAAUAGAGGGCAAAGCAAAACCACGGCAAUACGAUGAUAGCGAUUUGGAGUCUGAUACCGAUACACCUGCGGAACAUGUCGAUCUUGGCCAGAACAACCCCUUAAAGUGGAAGUCAAUACAACUCUCGAGGCGAGUGAAGGAUCAACCGGAUGAUAUAGAUGCAUGGCUUGAGUUGGCGAAUCACCAGGAUGCCCUUCUGAGAGCUGGAGAGGACGUUGACCACAAGGCACUAGAGGCUGAGGUGCAUAGCUUUGCUGAGAUCAAACUUCAUAUGCUCGAAUCGGCUUUAUCCAAUAUUUCGAAUCCUAAAGAUCGCAUUAGAGUGUUGAUUCCACUAAUGCGUGAAGGAGUCAAGGUGUGGAACAGUAAAUCAACAGCUAAGAAGUGGAAUGACUUACGUGAAGAUGAAGACAAGAGCUUCACGCUCUGGAAGACACAUCUCGAUUUUGACAUGUCCAACAUUUCUGCAUUCCACUUUGAUACUCUCAAGCAAAUGCACCUCGAUCGACUGCAUCUCGCUAUAUCUCGAUCACAGUCAAAUGGGGAAUCUGAAGGUUAUAUGGAAGCUAUCUACGUUUUUCUCAGACUCACGAGACUCAUAUAUGAUUGUGGAUACAAGGAACUCGCAGUCGCAGCAUGGCAAGCGCUCAUGGAACUUAGCUUUUUCCGGCCUGCCCAGUUGGAAGAACAAAGCGCAGCUCUCGAAUCUCUUCGUGACUUCUGGGAGAGCGAAGUCCCAAGAAUAGGAGAGCCAGGGGCUCAAGGCUGGGCAAAAUUUGUGGACGAUGAUGGGAUGGGUGAUGCUCCCGAGCCACUACGAGAUGACAAGCUGCCUCAGGACCAGUCUAGGGAUGACUAUAAACGCUGGGCGAGUUUAGAAAGCUUGCAUGCUGAGAAAGCAAGAGUCCCAGCAAGAACCAUGGAUGAGGGGACAGAAGAAGAUCCUUUUAGGGUGGUAAUGUUCUCUGACAUAGAGCCAUUGCUUUUCAUAGUCCCACGACAUGUUUUACCAGCUGUGCAGGAGCAGUUGUUGGAUGCGUUCUUGAUGUUCUUUGGGGCUCCUCCUGUCUUUCGGUCUAACAGCUGGACGGAAGAGGCCUACCACGAUCAAUUUCUUGCUCGGCCUGCUUUGAACCUGGAGCUUACUGCUCCCACGCCACUUUCAAGGGACGAAGAUCCGACAGAAAUACAGAGGAAGCCUCCUGCUUUCGACCAGAAGCCGCUCCGCGUCUCCGAGUCACCAGAAGUGCUCUUCUCGAAUCAAAACUGGUUUUCUUAUUUGCCAUCGAUGACUAAGGAGAACAAUGUUGAACUCGGCUUUUUGAAUAAUGCAACAAAACACUUGGUUCACAAUGCCAACUUCGAGGAUCUGGCUAUGUAUCAUCUUGCUUUAUGUGCAUCACAAGAUCGCUCCGCUGUCAAAAAGGCAGCUAAAGCUUUGUUGAAGCGAUAUCCAACCAAUCUUGGCCUAUACAAGGCAUAUGCUCUUGCUGAGUAUACGAAUGGUAACCGUGAAGUUGCUCAAAAAGUGGUUUCGUCAGCAACCCAGCUUGCGUCGGACUCAUCUGCAGUCGACUCGUUUAGUCUUUGGAGGACAUGGACUUGGAUGGAGCUUGAAGAGGGCAACAAAGAUGUAGCUGUUCAGAGACUCUGCUCUGCCGUGGAUGAGGUCCUACGAAAAACGGCCGGAACUCUCGAUGUAUCCUCAACACAUAUUCUCAAAGCCCACCAAAUCUUUACUUCUACCAUGAAUGAUAUGAUAGCAGGGGGGAAUAUCGACCAGGCUGGAGUUCUUGCCGAGUGUCUGGUCCUGCUGUCGUACUUGACCGCGGAGGGGUCUACAGAACCAAUGUCGGCGUCUCAAGGAAGUAUUUCGGCUGCUAUGGAUAUAGUUUACAGGGUGUCUCUCGAGUUGAAAUCUCGAAACUAUCAUACAUCAAAAGCUCACGAGCGUAUACUGCAGUUUGCGUCGAUGUUGCUGUACAUGCAUGCAACCCGGGGACCCUUCCGCCGUGUGUAUCUACUCGAGCAACUGAAACAUUUUCUGGCGUAUUUCCCUGGAAACACCAUGUUCUUGUCGUUAUUCGAAUGGGCCGACUCCAGCCUUCGUAUUAUUGACGAAACAAGAACACUUCUACACGAAACUGUACUUACCCCGGCCCAAGAUUGCUUAAGCAGUCGUAUAUUUGCCAUUCAUCAUGAGAUUGAGCGUGGAAAUGUCAACACAACAAAAGCAGCUUUUGAGCACGCCGUGUCAAGCGAUGUCUGCAAAUCGAAUACAGCUUUGUGGAUCAACUUUAUCAGGUUCUGCAGCUCGCAGAGAGAACUACGACCCAAGGCCAAGGAUAUCUUGUUUAGGGCGUUGAGGCAUUGUCCUUGGUCCAAGGAUGUCAUGAUGGAGGCUUUCCUUACGCUGAACCGGGACAUGGACUCCUCUGAGCUGAAGGGGGUUUUUGAGACUAUGGCAUCCAAGGGCUCGAGGGUACAUGUUGAUCUGGAAGAGUUUUUGGAUGAGAGGAGAGUUGAGAGGAGGGCAGAGAAGAGUAGACGAUGA